AGCGUUAAUGGGAAACAAGAGCAAACACAUUGUAAGCUGCGCUGAGUGAGAUGCGAGGAAGAUUGUGAUGACAAAGCCACCCCUCUAGGCACCAUCCACACCUCCAUCCUUUCUCUCUCGCUCUCUCUCCACACGUUCAUCUCGCCGCUGACUUUAUCCAAACAUCGACCCAAUGAAGGAGCCCGAUGCCAUCAAACUCUUCAUCGGGCAGAUCCCACGCAAUCUGGACGAGAAGGAACUCAAGCCCAUCUUCGAGCAGUUCGGCAAGAUCUACGAGCUGACUGUGAUCAAGGACAAGUACACAGGCGUGCACAAAGGAUGUGCCUUUCUGACGUAUUGUUCACGAGAGUCAGCCGUUAAAGCACAAAGUGCUCUUCAUGAACAGAAAACCCUGCCAGGGAUGAACCGGCCCAUUCAAGUGAAGCCUGCAGUGAGGGGAGAGGAGGUUGUGCAUUUGUGAAGUUCCAGAGUCACUCAGAGGCGAACUCUUCCCGUGAGUGACCUACUCUUUAUUCUCUCCUCUUUCCUCAGUUCAAUUCAAUUCGAAUUCAAAUGAGCUUUAUUGGCAUGACUUAAUAUUUAUAAUUACAUGAAUAAGGAAUAAACGAUUAUCUAAUACA